GCAUACUGUGCAUGGCAUCUUGAUAGUUGGUAUUUUUUGACAUCUGGAAAGAACCUGUCGGCAAACUUUUCCCUCAAUGAUGUCCAGACACAGCUGCCUGUUCACGAAGCUCUGUGGUCGGCGACUUCGCUAGGGGAAUGGAUGAAACUCAAAGCAACACACAAGCAGCCGAUGAGCUUGACCACCUUAUUGAGAUCAAUCUACCAGCAACAGCCGCUUACUCAGGAGCUUGGUGACUUCGCACAGAUUGUCGCUGUCCACGCAGUCUGCCGACGUACCAUGGAGAUAGGAUACAAUAUUCUUGAUCCGCUGAGCGGCCUCGACGCCGGCCAGCACCACCGGGGUGAGUCUGUCAGAGACAUUUAUUGGCUACCCUCGGAUCCGGAGUACCAGAAGUGGCGCAACAAAGCUCUGGACUGCUUAGACACCUUACACUGGGGAACGCAUGGUGUUAUAGCCCGCCUUCAAGGUCUUGAGCCACCGGCGGUCUUACACUUGCACAUGUCGCGAUUGGUUCUGCUGGUCCCUUACCAGGACGUUUACGACCUCAUGUGCGAAGUUGUCUCGUCACAUGGUGACGAUGCAUCCUUCGCUCAUGUUGGAAGCUCCCGCUCGCGACGAGAAGAUCUUGUGGCGAAGAUCUGGUUGUGGAUCUCUAAAGAUCAUUAUAAGUCCAGACUAGCUAUUGUGCAUGCUGGGGCCAUGUUUUGGUAUAUUCGGCACCACGGCACAGGAAACAUCCUCGAGCCGACCAGUCUUUUCGUAGCCAGCGUUAUACUGUGGGCUUACGGAUCCUUCGUACCGCUUUUACAAGCUUCAACCGAUGAGCACCCGCCUGUGACAUCUCGUGCAGACACAGAAGAAGAGUUCGACCCGACAAUGAUACAGAUUGACCGACCUUGCGACGAUGAGCUCAUUCAGAUAUUCAUUCGUCGUGGAAAUUCCAUGCAGCCGCACAUGUUAGGCGUAGGGAAUAUCUGC